UGCACCGGAAGUGGUUGUCAGUACCGCGAGACUUUCCACUGAAAAGGAAGACCCUAGGCAUAAAUAAAUCAAGUAACCGAAGAGCUCUGUGGCCACGCUGCUACUCUCAAAUAAACGUUGGUCUGGUGCUGUUGACAGCCUCAGCUGUCGCUCGAAUAAAUCAAAAGCAAUUAAAAUGAUAUUUCAAUUACCGACAAAAGUGUGCAACAAUUAACAAUAUUUUAUUUGAAUUUUUUUUUCUGUGUGUUCCGUGCUGUGUGUGGCGGUCAUGAAAAUUAUUUAAACCGCAAACAGCAGGCGACAAUAAAUUCUGCGGUCGGAUCGUUAAAUAAUUCGCUCACCUGCAGCGAGCCACCGUAGGAGAAAGAAAUGAGAAAAAAACACACGAGAAGCCAAAGAGCAAAAAAAACCAAAUAAAAAUUAAAUACAACCAAACGGCAAAAGCAACGAAAUAGUUAAAAAAAAAACGACAACAAAAACCCAUUUAAUGAAAUUUAACCAAAAAAUACCAACUGCAAAUUGUGUAAAAAAUUCCACCAAUUCUAUUUACAUCAUUUAAACAAUAAUCUAAAGGAAACACUCUAUAAAAAACGAAUCAAAAGAGAGAGACGAAAUGUUCAUUUUAACAGUAAUUAAAUUGCUGCUUAUAGCCUUAAAUAUAUUCCCCAGUCGAUUCACGAAUCGACGGAUUAUGUUUGUCAUCUACAUGACAAAUCUGGUGACGCACGUCAUGAUGGAUGAGCCACGCUUCGCACAGCCGAUACCAAACGUCACCGUGGCCGUGGGCCGUGAUGCCAAUCUGCCCUGUGUCGUCGAGCAUUUGGGUGGCUAUAAGGUGGCCUGGAUACACAUCGACAGGCAAAUGAUAUUGACCAUCCAUCGGCAUGUGAUAUCGCGUAUACCACGCUACAGCAUCACCUACACGGACAACACGUGGCUGUUGCACGUGAAUCAGGCCCACCAGGAUGAUCGCGGCUACUACAUGUGCCAGGUCAACACGAAUCCAAUGAUCAGCCAAGUGGGCUAUCUACAGGUGGUGGUGCCACCCAACAUACUGGACAUUGAGAGCACACCGUCAUCGGUGGCAGUGCGCGAGAAUCAAAAUAUCAACAUGACAUGUCGUGCCGAUGGCUUUCCAACGCCCAAAAUCAUUUGGCGUCGCGAAGAUGGCGAAGAAAUAGCCGUCGAAAAGAAGAAAAAAGUGCUCGUCUAUGAUGGCGAUAUCCUGCCGCUGACCAAAGUGAGUCGCAAUGAGAUGGGGGCCUAUCUCUGUAUUGCCACAAAUGGUGUACCGCCAUCGGUGUCCAAGCGCAUUAUCCUGGAUGUGGAGUUUUCGCCUAUGAUUUGGGUGCCGAAUCAACUUGUUGGCGCUCCAUCCGGCACAGAUGUAACCAUCGAUUGCCACACGGAGGCGCAUCCCAAGGCCAUCAUCUAUUGGGUGUACAAUUCGGUGAUGGUAUUGCCCAGCAAGAAGUAUAAAACCGACUAUACGGAGAACUCCUAUCGCGCCCACAUGAAACUGACGAUAAGGAACCUACAAUAUGGUGACUUUGGCAACUAUCGAUGCAUCUCGAAGAACUCACUGGGGGAAACGGAAGGCUCCAUACGUGUUUACGAAAUACCUUUGCCAUCCACACCAUCCAAGCAGGUGACCCACACCACCGUCGAGUCCAGGGAGAACAAUAUCAUACCCUCAUCACGCAACGAUACAACGAAAUCCCUACAAACGGAUGUUGGAUAUGCCAUGAAGAACGAUUUAUAUCCUGGCUCUGCCUCCUCCUCAUCGGGCUCGGGUGGCAGUGCCUCGGCGGCCUCGUCAUCAUCAUCGACCUCCAUGCAGACCUCAGCCCUGCCCGGCGGCGGUGCAUCGGGCAAUAGCCUCUCCGCAUUGGGGGGCAGCGCCAAGGGCUCACUGGCGAUAGGCAAGAGCAUGUUCUACACGGAGCGACCACCGAAUGAGUAUUCAUCAUCAGUGGCUGGACUGAUGCCUCCACAAAGCUGCUGGCUAACAACGUUGGGCACAGCCAUCUAUCUGGCAAUCAUCGUGCUCUGAAAUCAAUAAAUCCUUUCAGUUACCCAAUAAGCAUUUACAAAAUGCAGCCAAAGGGGUGGGGUCUAUAGUCUGUCUAUCUAUCAAUCUAUCUACGGGGGAGAAGGGGUUAAGCCUAGGUCUAUAAACAUAUUUCAUAGCUGGAAAAGUAUAUCAAAAUUGGAAAAAAAUAUCAAUAAGAAAUAAUGCUUCAAAAACUUGGCUCACUUCAAAGCUAUAAGAAUUUGUAAAAUAAUCAAAAAAAAAAAAAAACAAAAAAACGAAAAGCAAAAAAAAAAAACAGAAAACAAAAAACAAAAAAACGAAAAGAAAAACGUAUGAAAUUUUUUUGCAAAAACAAUAAAAUGCUCAUUGUAUGUAAAAUACUUAUAAAACGAUGGGGGAUUCUAAAGCUUAAGAUAUCCCGAAAAAAGAAACGAAAAACAAAAAACUGAGAUGAAAAUCUACUUGUAUAAUAUAAAACCUAUAUAGUAUAUAUAUAUAAACUGAAAAGCUGAUGCCGAGAAAGCAGAAUUAAAUAUAGAAAUCGUAAAUGUUUAGCAGCAAAUUGUUGAGAUAAAGUCUCUGUAUUUUGUUCUGGAUUUUGGGGCUUAAAUCUGAUUUUCUUUUUGUGUGCCACAAAAGCAAAAAGCUCCUCCCCUUAGAGCCGAAUUAUGUUUAUUAAAAAUGCAUUUUUGGCCAAAACCAAAACACAUCUGGUCUCUAUUUGGCCAAUUUCCAAAAGGAAUUUGUUGCUUUUAAUUGAGAGUUUCUAUUUUGUUUGUUUCUUUUUUGGCAACACACACACACACACACACACACCUACGACCAUACACACACAUAUCACAGACACUGAACAAACACAAAAAUACUCGUACCAAACGCUGUACAAAAUUUUCAUAUCAGACACAGACGAACAACAGUCUGGUUUUCGUUUUUUUGGAAUUAAACAUAUCUGAAAUUUAUACAACUCUCACAUGAAUAGUUUUAUAGAGUGGUCUUGUUUAUAUUUAUCAAAUUUUUGCGAUAUAUAUAUUUUUUGGCAGAUAUU